CGUGUGUAGAACGCUGCUUGAAUCGAUUUGUGCCUUCAUCUUUCUGAUCUUCUCCAUCGAUCUCCAAAAGCUUACAAAUUGAUCGUUAGACAUGGCUGAUCCUGAACUCGAAGCGAUAAGGCAGCGAAGAAUGCAGGAGCUUAUGGCUCAACGUGGUGCUGGAAAUCAGAACAAUUCUGAACAGCAGGCAGGCCAGGAAGAUGCUAAAAGGGAAGCAGAGGAGAGGAGACAAUUGAUGCUCACUCAGAUUGUGUCUUCUGAAGCGCGACAAAGACUUGCUCGAAUUGCAUUGGUGAAACCUGAGAAAGCUAGGGGAGUUGAAGAUGUUAUAAUUAGAGCUUUCAAGAUGGGUCAGAUUGCUGAGAAAGUUUCUGAAGAGAAGCUUAUAUCAUUGCUUGAACAGAUCAAUACACAGACCAGCAAACAGACCAAAGUUACUAUCCAGAGGCGAAGGAGUGUUCUUGAAGAUGAUGACUAGAAUACCCAAUUUUGAAUAAUUUAAUUUACUUGUAUUCUAAGACUUUGGACAACAACUAUUUCUUAGCAGCAUUAUGUAUGAUAUGAUAUUUAUUAUUCUUGCUCUUCAUUGGCUGUGAUUCUCUAUUGCAUUCAUCUUCUGUCAAUAUUAUCAAUCCUCCAUUUAUUUUUUAAGUGUUUAUCACGGUUGUAUUCAUGAUGUAUUGAUUUGCUAUAAUAUUAUUAAGAGUUGCCGAAGUUGAAUUUAAUUUA